UUCGUCCCAAACUGUUGCAUGAGUAAAUACUUUCCCACAACUUUGGAGAUCUUUACCGCCUUUUAAUGGUAUGCUCGGCUUACGAGGGGGUGGGAAAUCGCCGCAAGCCGAGAGCUAGCGUUCUUGGGCUAGCAGGGAUUCAAUGGGUCCUCGGUUGGGGAUAUAAGAUCGCCUGAUCCAAGUAGUCAAGUGUUAUCAUCCCUGGAUAGCGGUCGUUAUCGUAUGCCUCCAGAUAACCUUCGUCUACUUUGAUAUCCAGCCCAUCAUGACCAUCAACGCCGGCCAGCCUGUUGCUCCUUUGGUCUUACCACCGGGGACGACCAAGGAGACGUUUACAGCAUUUAUCCAUGAAGUCGUACAAGUUGUUGGCCCCGAUAAUGUCACUGUUAUCAGAACCCAAGAGGACUUGAAAGACGGGACAUAUGAGAAUCCAGUCUUUUCGCACGAUAUUUAUCAUGUGAUGGACAAGGACUAUAUGGUGGCCUCCGCCAUAGUCCUCCCAGCGUCAGUGCCAGAGGUGCAGGACAUUGUCCGUCUCGCAGGAAAGUUCCAGAUUCCUCUCUGGCCAACAUCUAUUGGGCGCAAUGUUGGAUAUGGUGGUGCGGCACCACGUCUUCCUGGGAGUGUUGUUUUGAACCUAGGGGCAAAGAUGAACCGAGUUCUGGAAGUGAGCGUGGAAGGCGCUUAUGCAUUGGUUGAACCCGGAGUGACAUUUGCCGGGUUGUACGACUACCUAGUCCAGCAUAAUCUCCAGGAUAAGCUCUGGAUAGAUGUCCCUGACAUUGGAGGUGGUUCGGUUCUUGGUAACACCUUGGAUAGAGGAGUAGGUUAUACACCUUAUGGAGACCAUUGGAUGAUGCAUUGCGGAUUGGAAGUCGUCCUCCCAACAGGAGAGCUCAUGCGAACCGGCAUGGGUGCUCUUCCUCAACCGCCAGAGAACGGGCGUAAAUACUCCGGUCGACCCGAUGAGGAGCCAGGAAACAAGUGCUGGCAGUUAUUUCCGUACGGCUUUGGACCGUACAAUGACGGACUUUUCUCGCAAAGUAAUUUGGGUAUCGUGACCAAGUUGGGGAUAUGGCUGAUGCCAAAUCCUGGUGGCUACCAAUCGUACUUGAUUACGAUUCCAAGAGAAGAGGAUCUCCGUCAAGCUGUUGAUAUUAUUCGACCUCUUCGCCUACAAAUGGUUCUGCAAAAUGUCCCAACGCUGCGGCACAUCCUACUUGAUGCAGGAGUCGUGGGACGGAAGAAAGAUUACACGUCGUCUAACGGUCCAGUUGAUGAGGCAGGCUUGGAUGCCAUCUGCAAGAAGCUCAAUCUAGGACGCUGGAACUUUUACGGAGCUCUCUACGGCCCGGAAGCAACUCGUAAAGCUUUAUGGUCCGUCAUUAAAAAAGCAUUUUCUGCCAUCAAGGGAGUCAAGUUUUUCUUCCCGGAGGAUAUCAAAGAAUAUUGUGUACUCCAUGUCCGGGACAAAACCCUCCAGGGCAUCCCGACGUUUGAUGAACUGAAAUGGGUUGAUUGGAUCCCAAACGGCUCCCAUCUGUUCUUCUCACCUAUUAGCAAAGUGACUGGUGAUGACGCAAUGCUCCAAUACUCUGUCACGAAGAAGAGAGUCAGUGAGGCAGGAUUUGAUUUCAUUGGUACCUUCACUGUCGGAUUGCGGGAGAUGCACCAUAUCGUCUGCAUUGUCUUUGACAAAAACGACGACGAUUCCAAGAAAAGAGCCCACAAGCUCAUCAAGACCCUAAUUGCGGACUGCGCCGCCCAUGGAUGGGGCGAGUAUCGAACGCAUCUGGCCCUGAUGGACCAAAUCGCUGAGACCUACAACUGGAACGAAAACAUCCUCAUGAAGUUCAAUGAGAGAAUCAAGAAUGCAGUUGACCCAAAAGGAAUUCUGGCUCCCGGGAAGAGUGGCGUGUGGCCAGCAGCGUACCCCAAGAGUGUUUAUAAACUCUGAGCUGUAUUUCUAUGAUCGCGCUCUACCUUGUUAUACAGUCAAUUGCAGUUUGAAUAGUUAGGCGUAGUGGAAUAAUUUUCUU